AUGGUGGCUGAAUCCUCGCCCUCAAACAUAUACUCUCUACACCCGCCUCUCGCGUUUGGACCAUCGAACCCUUCAUCAUCAGGGCAAAAGUCGUGGAAACCCCGCAUUGGUUUUCUUUCCUCAGCCUCGCAGUCGAACUCGAAUUCAAAUUCACAUUUUAGCGUCCAGGAUGAGGGCAACGAGUUGAGGCAACAAUAUACCAAUGCGAGUGCGAGGAGCAAACAUGUACCAAAAUGGUGGAAGAUACGGCUGUUUAGGGGCAUGGUACUUGAUGUGAGGAGGCGGCUGCCCUACUAUUGGGGCGAUUGGAAGGACGCAUGGGAUUAUAGGGUAGUGCCGGCCACGGUGUAUAUGUAUUUCGCCAAUAUAUUGCCUGCGCUGGCAUUCUCAUUGGAUAUGUUUACCAAAACAAACAUGAGUUAUGGCGUUAAUGAAGUGCUUCUUGCUUCUGUUUUGGGAUCUGUCGUUUUUGCAAUAUUUGCUGCCCAGCCGCUGGUUAUUGUGGGUGUUACUGGGCCCAUUACAGUCUUUAAUUAUACGGUUUACGACAUCAUGGCACCUACAGGCACCAACUAUCUCGCUUUUAUGGCAUUAAUUGGGCUAUGGUCCCUAGUCAUGCAUUGGAUAUUAGCGGCCACCAAUGCAUGCAAUGCCUUGAAAUACGUCACAAGAUUUUCGUGUGAUAUAUUUGGAUUCUACGUCGCAUUCAUUUAUCUCCAGAAAGGGAUCCAGGUCCUAAGUCGGCAGGGAUCAGAUGAAGCCUUCUAUCUCUCUGUCAUGGUCGCGCUACUAGUACUUGUGGUAGGCUACAUCUGUGGAGCUAUUGGCACAAGUGCUUUGUUCCAGCAUUAUAUCCGUGUCUUCAUCAAAGAUUACGGAACACCGCUCACGGUGGUCUUCUUUACGGGCUUCGUUCACAUCGGAAAGAUGAGCGAGGUAAAUUUAGCCACCCUGCCUACAAGCAGGGCGUUCUUUCCAACGAUUGAACGGGGAUGGUUUAUACAUUUCUGGGAUGUAAGGGUCUCCGAUGUUUUCAUCGCUAUCCCGUUUGCGGUUUUGCUCACUGUUCUCUUCUAUUUCGACCACAAUGUAUCGUCUCUUAUCGCACAAGGCACCGAGUUUCCUCUCCGCAAACCAGCCGGCUUCCACUGGGAUCUCUUUCUCCUGGGGUUGACGACCGGUGUCGCAGGUCUUCUCGGGAUACCAGCCCCCAAUGGACUCAUCCCACAAGCACCGUUCCACACAGAUUCCUUAUGCGUGACCAAAAUCGUUGCUGAUCCGAACGAAGAAGGUGCCAACAAGGGGCACGUCGUCGCAAAAAUCGACCACGUUGUUGAGCAACGCUUUUCUAAUCUCGCCCAAGGAAUACUUACUCUUGGGACCAUGACCGGUCCUCUACUUGUCGUUAUCCACCUAAUCCCCCAAGGGGUUCUUGCAGGCCUCUUCUUCGUUAUGGGGGUACAAGCCCUAGAAGGCAAUGGCAUCACGCAGAAAAUUAUCUUCCUUUGUAGAGACAAAUCUCUAACACCAGCCUCGGAGCCACUGAAACGCAUCCAACGCCGUCUUGCCAUCUGGGUUUUUGUCGCCAUUCAACUCAUUGGUUUCGGAGCCACUUUCGCUAUCACGCAGACCAUCGCCGCUGUCGGGUUUCCGAUUUUCAUUCUGAUUUUGAUCCCUAUCCGAACGUUCGUCCUACCAAGAUGGUUUCGAGAGGAGGAGCUGGCAAUUCUUGAUGGUCCAACAGCAAGUCCGUUCACUAUGAUUAGUGUUGGCGGGAACUUCGGCGAGGAUGUGGCAGAUCUAAAUGAGAGGAGCCAGACAAUUGCUGCGGGGGCUGGGUCCACUAGUGGCAGGGUCAAUGAGGGAAUAUUAUUGGGAGGUCAGAAAAGCGGCGAUGAUAGCGAUGAAGGAAAGGCUGAGAGGGGCGAGGGCCCCAGCUUUGGGAAGAGUGGAAUGAAGAGGAGGGAGAGUGUGAAGAAUGAAGGCAGAAGUGGAAGGUGGGAGGAGGAUUUUGAGAUGCAUACUCCCCGAGUCAGUAGGAGGAGCGUGAGUCGACAAUCGAAGUGA